AGGUGAACAUGCCUUCUCCCUAUGUGCUCGAGCUCGGUAGUGGUGGCUUCAGUUUUGAAAACUGUAUCAGAAACUCAAGGCUUCAGGCUUCAGGGGAGAAAAGCACGUUAAAGUUAAAGGUUAAAAAAACUGGGACAACAAUUGCUGGAGUCAUUUUUAAGGAUGGUGUGGUUCUUGGUGCGGAUACUAGGGCAACAUCUGGAGAGGUUGUGGCAGAUAAAAACUGCAGCAAAAUUCACUACAUAACCCCGAAUAUUUAUUGUUGUGGUGCUGGUACUGCUGCUGAUACAGAGAAAACGACAGAUAUGCUACGCUUCAAUCUUGCGCUCCAGAUCCUCUCCAUGGGCCGCAACCCGCGCCUCAUUAUGGCCAGUCGCAUUUUGCAGGAUUUUCUUUUCAGGUAG